CCUUGGUUGAUCAAAAACUUCGUGCAACAUUCAGGGCGCUUAAGCACUGGUAAGCGCUCAUCACAGCAUUUUCAAGCAAAGACUUUACAUGUGUACGUACGAAAUGCAGCGUUGGGGAACGUUCACGACUAUUGACAGCUGUUUUCGUUCUACGCUGCCUAAUGUUCAUUGUCAGUACGAAAAGCUACUGAUAUGCCUUUAACUACACAAGAGAAAACUGCGCUGAAAUCUCUGCCUAAGCGUAUCCAGCGUUUAGUAGACGGAGCCCUUGAAGGUGUAGUGCAUGAUGUCCGCAAACUCAACCAUUGGGUCGAUAAUUCUACCGAUGUCGAGGCGAACAUGGCUUUGCUCCCCAUCUUCUACAUUCAUCUGGACCCAGCUGUGAUUCCCGAUCAACCUCUGCCGACUGAUGAUGUCCAGAAAGUCACCACGCUUGCCAAAUUGUCAUUGGACAGUAUCGUACACACGUGUACUAGCAUGCGUGGGGUUCUCGACGAAAGUCUUGCAGACAAGACCAUUACGGAUGCACUGGUGCGGCGUUGGGACAUCGUCUUUCCAUGGCUGCAGUUCAUGUAUCGGCAUUUUCUACCUUUCCCGCCUCAGAGGGACCAUCCCAAUGGUUCUAGCAUCUGCGAUGUUGACGCAAUCUCGAUUGCAACGCGUGCCCUCUCCCAGCUGGCGGUCUGCGUCGCAGGACAAAAUCUUAUCCAGACAAACAUAGCCAUUCAACAGUUCAUUGCCAAGUUGUGGCUUUACAUUGGGAAAUUGAAGGAUGAGGAUUUGCUCCGGUAUGAUGCGUCUUUUCGGCCUGACGGGAGGGAGGGCGUCGACGAUGAGAUGUCGGGACACGUCAGGAGGAUCAUGGUUGGAAUCAUCACAGCGUGCAUGGGCGCGCUUGCGCCACCGUCCACUCUGUACAACCUGCUUGACGCAAUGGGUGGAUACAAACCAUUCGUAGUGUCGGCACUGCGAUAUGUUCGGUGGUUCGGGAGAAAAAUCGUUGAGAUAAAAAAUCUCAGGACUCCAAAUCAUGGGUCUGUAACCGCAAUGCUGGGAUUUGUCGAUGCUUUAUCAAUCUCAGUCCGGCUUCUCUCCUUGUUCAGCAUCAUGGACAGCACGUGCCGAGAAGAGCUCAUCUUGCACGGCGGCCCUUCGGAUGUUGUGACAGCUUUUCUUCAAAUUUGGCCGGUUCUCGCUGGUACGAGGGUCAGUCCCUCGACAGGAAACUCGAUUACAGAGAGAUGCACUGUACUCGUGGAGGAUGCCCUCGAUUAUACAGAUGUGAUACUGCGAUCAGAAGAUUGUAUUACAGCUCUAUGUCAGGUCCUCGAUGCCGGAUUGAUCCAGUUGGUAUUGCAGGCUGGUUUUCGCUCCCCGGAGAUGGCCUCUGGUGUCCUCAAGGUCAUUCCGCAAUUUCUGAUGUACAAUAAAGUAUUGCACCACUUUCAAAAAGCACUGGAUCGAAAUCCAGAUGGCAUGGCUCGUCUUGGAGCUCACACAAGGAAAGACGAUGAGGUGCAACGGUCAUGGAUAUCGGUCCAGCAAGCGGCCCGACAAAUAUCCAACAUCUGCAGGAAAACCAGUCCAUUUCCUUUUUAUGAACGAAAAUGUGCGAAUGCAGAGUGUCCGUAUGACAACAAUAAACAUCCGCACCAUCGGUGCUGUGGAUGUCUCGUCGCACGAUAUUGUUCUCGGAGUUGCCAGAGAGCAGAUUGGAAAAGCAGACAUCGUACUGCAUGCCCUGUUCUCCAUUCAGCUAGUGGUUUUGACGGGUCCAAACAUAUUCGCUGUAGCCUUCCUCUCAUCAUGCUUGUGGAAACUUUCAAUUACUCGCUAUACGCUGACCGAAUACAAGAAGCCAUGGACCAAGCAGAAAAGGAAUACCCAGAGGAGAAUGAUCGUCUAGUUUUGGAAACAAACCUUUCAGCUUGGCCAGUCACUUUCUCUGCACGACCAGUCCAACAAUACGCUGAUAUGUUCGACCCCCGAUUUGAUCCCGUUAUGGUCAAGGAGCUAAGGGGACUGCCUGGCAAGCAUAUCCUGAUGGCCAUCAGACUCAGAGCAGGCCGAGAGGAACGUGUAGUGCUCAGUCCGAGGGUGGGUCUUACAUUGGCUUUCCAGUGGCCGGCUGCCAAGGAAGAAGAAGCAGUAUUGUCUUCUGUUCAAGAAGCACUGGUUUCACGCCUCGCAGUAGGCCCAGGUAACGUGAUUAAAAGGGGAGAAGGCUUCAAGGUGGUAGAAUAUAGACAGCCAUCAAUGGACCAGCCCACGACUUCGUUUAACGGAUAAUUUAGUUCAUUCUAAUGCGACUUACAUAAAUGGCUUGGUUGAGAAUAAGGGAUGCGGCAUCAGACAUCCACAGUUCGGUUGCUGAUCGACUCUUGCUUGGC